AUGGACUUUAGGAGGAUUUUCCUACUCAAAUGCUUGCUGCUUUUAUUUCCCAGUGUAAAAUGCUCCGUCAGCAAGCGGAUUUACACAGCUGUGAAUGGGUCGGUUCUUCUGAGCAUUGCUGCUUCUGGGAGUGUAUAUGAUGCAUCAUGGCUGAGAGACAGAACAAGGUUGCUUCAGAUAAAAGAUGGGAAAGUUAAGUACUAUAUGAACAAGGACCAGUGCAGGUGUAAGGUAUUCCUAAAUGGGACUCUGCAAAUAGAGCAGGUGGUGAAAGAGGACAGUGGAAAGUACAGGGUGACUGUUUAUCAGAAGGAUGGAAAAUUGAAGGCAGAAGAAGACACGAUGCUAAUUGUUCAGGAGCUUGUCCCUCAGCCAAUCCUUAGUGCUGAAUGCAUGAAUAAAACCAUAUAUGUCAAGUGUGAAGUGAAGCAGAAGACUGAAGAUGAAACUCUUAUAAUAGAACUGAUUCAAGAUAAAAGCAAAAAAAUCCAAAAGAAUGCAACAAAGUUGGAAUGGCACACGCGGUUUUCUGGGACGUUCAGAUGUGUUGUUAAGAACAACGUCAGUGAAAAAACAGCUGAAAAAGUAAUUAAGUGCUCAGGCCGGCUGGACCUUUAUCUCAUCUUGAGCAUAGCAGGAGGUGCAGUCUUCUUUAUCAUCUUUGUGAUUUUGCUUAUUUAUUGUAUCAGGAAGAAGAAAGCGGAAAGGCUUGAAGAUGAUGACAAGGACCGAACAGCGCAGGCUCGCCGGGUGGAGAGUGAAAUGGUGGUGCGGGAGCUCCCUCAGCCGCCGUGCAACCCUACCCCGAAGCAGCUGCGGGUACAGCAGCGGCCGCUGCCACAGCCCCAUGUGCAGCAGCAAGCACUGCCCCCACGGCCCAGGCCCCGCACCCAGCAGCGGACUCCAAACCACCCGAGAGAAAGACCUUGA